AUGAACUCGGCAGCUACCCGUCGACGAAAAAGACGAGUUGCCGACGAGAAUCGGAAAAGGGCCCCGCGAGCGGAGAGAUCUGUUCCACUUGAUGGGCAGUUUCUAUCUGCAGCCGAUGAGUCAAUUCAACAUGGCGUAUCUGCCUCGCCAAAUGAGAUACUUCGCUCUGGCGAUUCCAUGAAUCCCCACGAUCUACUCUCACCAUCCUCGGUCCUGUCUCAGAGACUCGCCGACCAAGUUAUAGCAUGCCAAUCUAAGAGAGCUCCAUGGCCAAACAUCUUAUCUCGUCUUCGAGAGGCCUUCUCGUUAGAUGGACAUGCAAUCCCAGAAGAAAAGGACAUGAUCGCAAUGCAUGCUCAUAUAACUGGCCCCAAACCACUUCAUCCGUCUGAACUGGCACGGUUGCGUACAGCGAUAGACGCCUUUCCGCCACGCCCGAUAGCCGACUUUCUAUUGGUUGUCGUCCUGAAGCAUGCGACAGAUACUUUCUUUUAUUUCGACCAAGAUCAAAUGUUGGGCGAGAUUGCCCAAUUUUAUCAAGACUCCAACUCACCUCUCAGGUCCGACAUAACAUUUGUCUGCCUUGCAAUGGCAGCAUUCGCCCUUGGAAGUCAGUGGGCACCCCUCGAGAGACCAGACGAAUCGGUUAUCAGUCUCCAUCGUGACCCUGAUAAUAUGGGUCGAUUCUUCUAUAACCAUGCAAAGGCUCUCAUUCCAGACACAAUUGACCGCCCAUGUCUCCGAUCUAUCCAAGCGCCCUUCCUGCUGGGUGUAUAUUUAAUGCCGGCGAGCGCGAUUGGCUCAUCAUACAUCUACAUGGGGCUGGCACUACGCAAAGCGCUAGCAUUUGAUCUUCAUAUCGACGCAGACGGUCAAACUAUCACCACACGGGAGAGAGAGGUCCGCCGUCGGCUAUGGUGGUCGAUAUAUUCUCUUGAAAGGUGCACCACUGUCAAACUCAACAAGCCUCGUUCUGUCAAUGUCGAGAUCAUUAAAGCCCCUCACCCGUCACCUUUGCCGGCACUCGAUCGCUUACAAAAAUAUGACAAUAUUCAAUUUCAAAUGGCGUACACUCGUUUGAUGAAAAUAUUGGAUCAAAUAGCCGAGCCUAGAAGCCUGCCAGACGAAGCAGCAGAACAGUCACGCGCUGAACGUUGGGAAUCGGAUCUUAGAGAGUGGAAGAAAUCACUACCAUCGGACUUCAAGAUGGAUGCUAUGCACCCGAAAGACUCAAGAUUCCGCACGAUCUUCCACCUUUAUCUCAACUAUCACUAUGCAUGGAUCACAAUGGGUAAAGUGGCACUCGUGACCGUUGCCAGAACAGGUCUUCGUAGUCACUUACAGCCCUGGUCAAAACCACCCGAACAAAGUGACUUCAUUAUAAAACAAUCUCGAUCCUGCGCAAAGGCAGCCAGAAAGCUACUUGUCCUAUUCGAACAUCUCGCAAGUACCGGCAAUACCACCCGUUUCUCGUUCACGGAUUUCCAAGGAUGCAGCAUUGCAACUAUCGUCACACUAGUAGCCGGGAUCAUGGAACGCGACUCAGGGUAUGAAGCUCGCGUGACAUUUGGCCUUGAUUGUCUGCGCAAGAUGGCAACAGGAAAUAUCACAGCUAAAAUGGGCGUGAAGUUCGUGGAGGCCGUGCAGUCUAUCACAAACGAGGCUGCAGCUAGGAUCCAUCAAGAAUCAUUAAUUUCUACAAAUGCUACACAGGAUGUGCAAGCCUCAGAUACCACAUCUGCGUAUAACCGUUGGGCUACAUGGCUUACCGAAAUGGAAUGCUCUCAAACAGAGGAACACACCCUUCAUCCAGAAAGAGGCAGCGAGGGAAAUCGUGAUGUUCCAUACUCGGAGACAUUUUCGUCGCAGAUUGAACAAUCAAAUGAUCUGGAUAUUCCCGGCUGGAGGGCCGAAAAUGAUUCUGUCCCAGAACACUUGCUUGAUUCUCAAGAUAUCCCACAGGGAUCGACAAUAGCGUGGGGACUACAGUCUACAGAUGAUGAUUUCUUAGCGGCUCUACAAAAUGAUGACCCAGCGUUCCUGAUGGGUCUGACCGGGCUUGAUCUUUUGAAUUUCUCCGGCCUGACAUGA